UUGUUUCAAAGAACUUUCUCAAGUCGUGUCUCCACCCACACGCUAUCUAACAUCUUCCAGUGUUUCUUCACUGUCUCUCUCUCUUUCUCUCUCACUCACACACUCCCCUUGCCUGUGCACUCCAGCAGUUUGUAGUAUGUAGCAGACAGCAGCUGCAAGAUGAAUUUCAAAGCAGAGCUGCUCAAGUCCAUCUGGUACGCCUUCACAUCCCUGGACGUGGAGCAAAGUGGAAAGGUCUCUAAAUCCCAGUUAAAGGUGCUGUCCCACAACCUGUACACCGCCCUGAACAUCCCCCACGAUCCUGUUGCCCUGGAAGAGCACUUUCGGGAUGACGAUGCUGGCCCUGUGUCCAAUCAGGGGUACAUGCCAUACCUCAACAACUACAUCUUGGCCAAGGCCAGAGAGGGGACCUUCAACAAGGAAGCCUUUGAUGACCUGUGUUGGAUGAUGACGUCCAAGAAAAAUUACGACACAAACAAGCUGGGCAUCCUCUCCAGCAGAGACUGCUUCAGACUCUUCUGCCUGUUCAACCUGUUGUCAGAAGACACCUAUCCCCUCGUCAUGAUACCGGAUGAGGCAAGGCAGACUGUUUCAUUGGUUACAAGCAGGCAGUGGAAACAGACAGCGGGCCUGACGCCUCCACAGCCACAAAAGAAGCAGCUGCAGGAGUCUGACCUCCUUCGUCUGAGCCUUUCUUCAGGGGUUUGUGUAAACGAGACGCAGAUCGCCAGUCCCCGAAUCCCUGUCUGGGAUGCGCUGACCCCGCCAGGCCAGCAGGCGCCGCUGUGGAGACGUGUGGCCCCGGCGCGCGGCGGUUUCAGUUUUCAGUGCGACGCGUCCUCUCGCCCCCCAGCCAUUCAGACGGCCGUCCGGCUGCAGGCGGAGGGCAAGACGUCUCUGCACAGGGAGCUGAAGCUGCGGCGCAGGGAGCAGCGACAGCAGAGCCCCCACGCCAGAGAGGAGCCGCCCGGCCUGCAGGUCCUGCAGGAGGAGAGGGGGAGGCAGGAGCUGGAGCAGGAGCAGCUCGUCAGGAGGCAGCAGGAGCAGGAGCGCCGCCUGCAGGAGGAGCAGGAGCGUAAGAGGCAGCUGGAGGUGCAGCGCAGCCUGGAGAGACAGCUGGAGGAGGCCGAGAGGGUCCGUGAGAGCAUGGCGGCGGAGAUCGCCCGGAAGGAGCAGGAGGCUCGGGGCCAGCGCCGCAGGAUCGAGGAGCUGGAGCUGACCCAGCAGAGCCUGGAGAGAGCCCUGAACGCCGAGAUCCAGGCCCGGCUGGAGGAGGAGACAGCCCGGCUGGAGCAGGAGAGGCUGCUCAGUCAGGAGGAGGAGAAGCUGCAGCAUCUCAGCCUGUUGAAGCAGGAGCAGGACCUGCUCUUACAGCAGGCCCAGCUGGAGAGGAGUAUGCUGGAAGCUGAAGUGGCAGACAAGGUCCAGGCCUUUGAGACGGCCUCCCAGGAGCUCCAGAGGCUGCGCGAGUCACGAGAGAGGAGCAACCACGACCUUCAGGUGGCCCAGAAGAAGCUGCGCAGGGCCAGCCGCCAUGUGAAACACUGGAACGUGCAGCUGAACCGCCUGAUGCAGCCCAUCGCACCGGGAGACCAGCGCCAGCAGGCACAGAGCAGGGACCCGGGCACGCUGGGCAGGAGAGGAGCCUUGUCCAGCAAAGAGUUCAUCGCCAGACGCUGUCCCGGGAACAUGCCGGUCUCCGAGUGCAGCUCUUCCUCUGAGGAUGAGGGGCUUGAAGAAGACCUGCAGAAGAUCAGCCUUUCAGGAGCCAACAGAAGAAGGAUGGAACCCAACGGCCAAGAGCACUAAAGAGGGAUUUUGGAGUGGUGCCCCUCUGUGUCCACCGUGGGGCGUCUGAGGCUUUGGAGCUGAUGCUGCCGAGCCUCUUGACAGGCAGGAGGGGUGGCUCAGGGACGCCCUCUGCAACGCUGGCACUUCCAUGACAUCAGCUCUGCGGGUUGGGGCUGAUCCAACAUCCAUGUGAAAGGUGCCAACCCCACGUCCAAGCGUGUCUGUGCAAUCGCUCUGUUUCCUGUGUAGUUUUCCCAACAGGCAGCAGACAGGAGGCUUGUCUGUGACCUAAGGGUCAUCCCAGUGCUGCGACCCAGCUACCACCAUGAGCUAAGCAAGCCAGCAGCCCUCGGGCCUGUGCCUUUAUAUAGGAGUACAGGCAGACGUUGUACACCAACAUCCACUGAAGAGCAAAAGCGUCAGCUUUUCAGAGCUUGUACGGAUUGUUGGAGAUUCAUCCGUGGGGAUAAACAACAAGCCACUUACAGGAGAUAAGACAUUUUCAGUUUAUUUGUCAAACAGCAACCCUUUUUUUAUUAGAACUGAAACAUGCUGUUCCUAUAAAAAACAAAAAUCGUUUCACAACAUUGCAUCACAUUUCCUAACCUGUCUGGUGAUGGAAACCCACCUGUGUGGCCUCUUGUUUACCUGCUCACUCAGGUUAGUUAGUUAGUUGCCUUGCAAGCUAAACCGUUCUGUCAGCAACAGUUCUCAUCCUUGCUAAUUUAAUAACUUGUACAGUACAUUGCAAAGAGAUCCCUUUUCUAUUCUUUGAGCUGAAUGAAAAAGUAAUCACAAAUACUCUCUGAAUUCAGAAGACAGAGUGGGGCUGAGCUCUCUGUAGCUGAAGAAUAUCAUCACUUAAGAGAAAACAAGAAUACAUCAGUAUCUCAUUAUACUGACAGCCACUGUAAGCCUUUAGUGUUUUCAUGAAUAAGAAAUUAAUUAACACAUUUUGUAAACUAUUAAAGACAUUUUUCACUAUAA